CUGCAGGUACAGGGUAGGGAGUGUUCGGAUAGGCUGUAGAAUGUGAAGCCAGUGACUUUGAUUCUCUCUCUCUCUAGCUCUCGAAGUAUCAAUGGCUGUGGCUGCUGCUCUGUCUCUGCAACAGCAAUUGCUCUGCUUCUCAAACUUAAAAACAAGAACAAGAAGGACAACACCAUGGCUUUCCACCAGAAAAUCCAUCCUUACCCACUUCAAUUCCCAAACGAAUAAACUCCAUUUGUCUUUAAUCUCUUGCUCUUCUUCUACUUCUCAGUCCCCUGAAGCCAACACUGAGACUGCUGAAUCUUGCGUCAACUUAGGACUCCAGCUUUUCUCCAAAGGACGGGUUAAAGAUGCCUUAAUUCAGUUUGAAACAGCACUAAAUUUAGAUCCCAACCCAAUGGAGGCCCAAGCUGCACUCUAUAACAAAGCUUGCUGUCAUGCAUACAGAGGGGAAGGAAAGAAAGCUGCCGAUUGCCUCCGUACUGCAUUGAGAGAAUAUAACCUCAAGUUUGGCACAAUUUUGAAUGAUCCUGACUUGGCCUCAUUUAGAGCUUUGCCUGAAUUUAAGGAAUUACAAGAAGAGGCUCGACUAGGCGGUGAAGAUAUUGGCUACAGUUUCCGAAGAGAUCUCAAACUAAUUAGUGAAGUUCAAGCACCAUUUCGUGGAGUUAGGAGAUUCUUUUAUGUGGCAUUUUCGGCAGCUGCAGGAAUUUCGUUGUUAUUCACUGUUCCCAGGCUAGUUCGUGCAAUUCAAGGUGGUGAUGGUGCUCCUGAUCUUUGGGAAACUGCUGGAAACGUUGCCAUUAAUGUUGGAGGCAUUAUUGUUCUUGUGGCAUUAUUUUUCUGGGACAACAAGAAAGAAGAGGAGCAACUUGCCCAAAUAACUCGAGAUGAAACUUUGUCAAGGUUGCCCUUGGGCCUCUCCACCAAUCGGAUUGUUGAACUUGUCCAGCUGCGAGACACUGUUAGGCCUGUUAUUUUAGCAGGGAAAAAGGAAACUGUUUCUUUAGCUAUGCGGAAGGCAGAGAGAUUUAGGACUGAACUCCUUAGACGUGGUGUUCUUUUAGUUCCUGUCACUUGGGGUGAAGGUGAGGCACCACAAAUAGAGAAGAAAGGCUUUGGUUCUCCUACAAAGGCAGCAGCUGCUCUUCCCUCCAUUGGGGAAGAUUUUGAGAAACGAGCUCAGUCUAUAACGACAAAGUCGAAGCUUCAAGCUGAAAUUCGAUUCAAGGCUGAGGUUGUAUCACCAGCAGAAUGGGAAAGAUGGAUAAGGGAUCAGCAGAAAUCAGAAGGGGUAACUCCCGGUGAGGAUGUCUACAUUAUACUCCGCCUGGAUGGUCGAGUCCGAAGAUCAGGGAAAGGAAUGCCUGACUGGGAUCAAAUUGUGAAGGAGCUGCCACCGAUAGAAGCAUUGCUAAGCAAGCUGGAAAGAUAGGAAUUCCAUGUGUAUCCCAACUAUUAGAAAAGGAACCAUUAGAUCCAACAAUCAAACACACUCUACAGAGUCAUUGCAUUUGUACAACUGAUAUGUUUAUGUGAGGGACCAUCUUUCGCCAUGUAUCAUUUGUAUUGUAACUUUGGCUAUGCAAGUUAUGAAAAGUAGAAAGCAAAUGAAAAAAAGUUCAAAAAAAAAAUAAAAAAUAAAAGGAGAGGAAAGUAAUAUGGUUUUCCAUCUA